AUGGACCAUUUGCUUGCUUUUCUGUCCCUCCUGUCUUUUGUGCAUUUUUUGGCUCAAUGCACUGUCCCAGCCUCAGAGUUUCAGCUGGAUGGAGAUUAUUUGAUAGGUGGACUUUUUGAUAUUCAUCAUGUCAGUACCUCAUUCUAUCAUAAUAGACCAGAAGCCAUUGACUGCUCCAGCCAACCCUUCCUUCUCCCAAAUUAUCGAAGGUUUCUGUUAAUGAGAUUCUCUGUAGAAGAAAUCAAUAACUCUACCAACCUCCUGCCAAAUGUGUCUCUUGGCUAUGAGAUAUUUGACCACUGCUCAGAUACACAAAAUUUUCCAGAUAUUUUAAAGCAAAUCUCAGCCAAUGGCUUGAUCCAACCCUGGGGUGAACCAUACAAGAAUCUGUCCAAAGUGAUAGCAGUGAUCGGUCCUUUUACAAGCACUCAGGCCCUGACUGUGGGCCCACUGUUCAUGGUGGAUUUCAUUCCUAUGGUUAGUUAUGGAUCUUCUAGUACUAUCUUUUCAAAAAAAGAGAAAUACCCCUCUUUCUUACGAACAGUGCAUCCCAAUAAAGACACCAUCAAAGUGAUUGUUAACAUUCUGCAGCAUUUCAACUGGCGCUGGGUUGCUUUCCUUAACAGUGAUAAUGAUUUUGGCAUUGAUGGACGGGAAUUGUUCAUGAAAAUGAUUGAGGACACUGAGAUCUGCCUGGCAUACACCAAAAAUGUCAACAUAAAUACAGAUUACUCUGAAAUAUUCCAACAGAUAGAGGCACAAAAGAUAGGUGUCAUUAUUGUUUUUGCUCCAAAAACAACUGCUGAAGCUGUCAUUAAGUCAGCAAUACGACUGAAUAUCACAAACAAGGUUUGGAUGGCAGAUGAUGGAUGGUCCUUAAACAAGAAGCUCCCCAAAGAGAAAGGAAUCAAAAAUAUUGGAACUAUACUUGGGGUGUCGCAGCCAGUAGUGACAAUACCUGGAUUCAGUGAUUUUGUCUUUUCUGCAAAAAGCGAGAAUCAUUGUGAAAAUUCACAAAAACAGAAGUUUUGCAAUCAGGUUUGCAACUGCAGCGGCCUGAGUCCAGAUGAUGUCAUUGCUGCAGACCCAUCUUUCUCUUUCCCUGUGUAUUCUGCUAUAUAUGCCAUCGCUCAUGCCUUACAUAAUACCUUGCAAUGUGAAGCUGGCAGAUGUAAUGGCAAUAUUACAGUGUACCCCCAUAAGGUUCUAGCAGAGCUGAAGAAGUCAAACUUCACACUUCUAAACCAGAGUAUUAAGUUUGAUGAGAAUGGUGACCCCAAGUUUGGAUCCUAUUCUAUAGUUUUCUGGAACGACAGUGGCGAUGCAGACGAGAUUGGCUUUUAUCAGUUUUACCCAUUGGUCAAUUUUUUCAUCAACAUAACUAAAAUCCAGUGGUACACAAAAGGAAAAGUGCCUACUUCACUGUGUUCCCCAGAAUGUCCUGUAGGAUAUGUAAAAGAGCAAGAUGGAAUCCACAAAUGCUGCUUCAUUUGUGAAAUCUGUCCAAAUGGUACUUAUAUUAACAGCACGGAGGAUCCCUACAAAUGCAUCCCCUGUAAGGAGACAGAAUGGUCUGCAGAAGGAAGUACAUCAUGCAGUCUGCGAGUGGUGGAGUACAUCCCAUUCACAGACAGUGGGGCUAUCCUGAUCAUGGUUGGGACCUGGGCCUUGGUGGGUCUCGCACUAGCCAUGUCUGUUCUCUUUGCCAUCAACUACAACACACCUGUUGUCAGAUCUGCUGGGGGACCAAUGUGCUUCCUAAUUUUAGGCUGCCUCAGUCUGUCUAGUCUUAGUGUGUUCUUUUACUUUGGCACUCCAACAAUUUCCUUUUGUAUUUUGAGGAGCUUACCAUUCAUUUUGUUCUACACUGUUUGUCUGGCAUGUUUUGUUGUUCGUUCUUUUCAAAUUGUUUGCAUUUUUAAAAUAGCUGCCAAGUUCCCCAAGCUCCACAGUUGGUGGAUGAAAUAUCAUGGACAAUGGCUGCUCAUCACUGUGGCAUUUGUUGCUCAAGCACUCUUACUUGUUAUUAGCUAUUCUUAUGCCCCGCCCAAGCCCUACAAUGAAACAGUUUGGUACCCAGACAAAAUCGUACUUGGCUGUGACAUUCAUCUUAAAGAAUCCUCUGGUUCUGUGGUUUUACUUACUGCUUUGUCCUCCCUUUGCUUUAUUUUCUCCUACAUGGGAAAAGACCUCCCAAAAAAUUACAAUGAGGCCAAAGCAAUAACCUUCUGCCUGCUGCUGCUGAUCUUCACCUGGAUCAUCUUUGCCACUGAGUACAUGUUUUACCGUGGCAAGUACAUCCUGAUGCUUAAUGCUCUAGCAGUACUCUCCAGUCUCUACUCGUUUCUGUUGUGGUAUUUCCUCCCAAAAUGUUACAUCAUCAUUUUUCAACCCCACAAAAACACACAGCAGUACUUCCAAGGUCUCAUUCAGAAUUAUACUAAAACAAUUAGCCAAUAG